CUUGAAGACCGGCCAGGCCAGAUACAAAACCUGAGAGGGAUUGGGGGCUGAGAGCUGGUAAUCUUUCGGGUAAUUUAUUUGUAGAUACCCUCAUUUUUUUCUUCUUUCUUUUCUACCAUUACAGUCUUCCCACCCCCUCAUCAACCACAAUGGCCUCCCUCUUCCGAGCUCUCACGCCCCUAACCCGGUCCUCUCCCACGAUAUGCGCCUCCUGUCGAACCACCCGCCCCUUCACCACCACCACCCUCCUCACCAGCGGCCACAACAAGUGGUCCAAAAUCCGCCAUGACAAAGCCAUCAACGACCGCAAAAGAAUGCAAACCAUCCUCUUCUACACCCAGCAGAUAACUGUCUCUUGCAAAUUAUACGGCCCCGACCCAACCUACAACCCCAACCUCGCAAACAUCAUCACCGCCUCCAAAAAAGCCGCCGUCCCCAAAGAAAAAAUCGAAGCCGCCCUCGCCCGCGGCCAAGGAAAAUCUACCUCGGGCGCCACCCUCGAGUCCCUCACCUUCGAAGCCGUAGUCCCCCCCUCCAUCGCCCUCAUCAUCGAAGCCGAAACUGAGUCCAAACUCCGCUGCCUUCAAGACCUCAACCUCCGCGUCAAAAAGAUCUCUGGUGCCCCGUCUUCUUCCAAAUUCUUCUUUAGUCGUCUCGGCAGGGUGGUCUUUGAGAAAGACUCGGAAAACAAUGUCGAUAUCGACCAGAUCAUGGACGAGGCGAUAGAAGCCGGUGCCGAAGAUCUCGAAAAUGACGCCGAGGGUAACAUUGUUGUUUGGACACAGCCAUCCGACACGGCCCACGUAGCCAAGACGUUAGGGACGAGGUUCGACCUCAAGGCGUUGAGCGCCGGGAUUGUCUGGACGCCAAACGAGGACACCAAAGCGAGGCUGGACAGCGGUAUCCAGCAUGAAAAGUUCGCCGAGAUGCUCGAGCAGAUGAGGGAGGACGGGGAUGUGCAGGCGAUUUACAGCAAUGUGACGAGGGGGGAGAUGAGCGAUGAGGAGUGGGGGAAGAUUGAGGAGUGUUUGAGCCGAUAGUGCCCUUCCUCCUCCAUCUUGUGUAUAUAGACUUGUAUUUUAACAUGGAAAAUGUACAACACAAUCAAUUCCCCCCACCCCAACCAGUCCCGAACCAAAGAAAGCAGAGAGUGUUUUGAUAUAACCCAAACGCCCAAAAAUGCGCACCAUGCCCUCGAUCAUACACAUAUCAUACCUU